GUGCAGUGGGACCCGUCUCCGGCUCCGCGGGGAGCUCACUAACCCGGGACUUGCAGCUUUCCCCUGCCCCUGGGGCUGCUCCGCGCCCGCGGUGGGGGGGACCCACAGCGGUUUCGGGAUGAGAACUAGGUGCUGGGGCGCCCCCGGCGGUGCGGCGCCAGGACAUUAAAGGGACGCGCGGACAGAGGAAGCGCCCAGCGAUGAGAGAGACGGAGAAUCGGGCUGAGGGAUGCUGCCUUGAGUGACUGACCCCACUGGAGAUCGUGCAUGCCAUUCAGGCUAGUCCUCCCCUCCUUGCGCCUCUUCUACACAGAAACGCGCACUCUUGGCUUAUCCGUGCUCCUGGCUUACCCACGGCGCCCAGAACCUCUGAGGCCGGAGGCCCCCACUUCUACCUCAUGCGUGGAGCACCUUGCUAGCCAUGACCCUGACACUCGGCGUUCUGCUGCUGCUGGGACUCUGCCAGAGUACCAUUUCAGAGGAGCCCUCGUCCUCCCCAAACAGUACCAAUGAUGGUCUGAAGUUUCAGUUGCCCAUGCCGACCUAUGAGACCAAAGACCAUUACACACCUAGGUCCAUCGGCAAUCUCUUUAAUAUGGUGCGCAUCUUCCUCUACGUGGUGCAGCCCAACUUUUUCCCAAGGGAUCUUAUAAGAGAAAUACUACAAAAGAAGUUUGAACCCUCAAUGGAAUAUGGGAAGCCAGAAAGCGUGGUGUUGACUCUGCAGAUCAUCCAGUACGAGAUCGGGAUUCUUCUUGGUGUUGUCCUGGGACUGCUCUUUGUCAUCCUCAUGCCGCUGGUGGGGCUCUGCUUCGGUGUGUGCCGCUGCUUCAACAAGUGCGGCGGAGAAAUGCACCAACGACAGAGGAGGGACUGGCCCUUCCGGAGGAAAUACUACGCCCUCGCCCUCCUGAUCCUCUGCGUGAUUAUGAGCAUUGGUAUCAUCUAUGGUUUCAUGGCAAACCACUACCUCAGGACUCACAUCAGAAAGGCCCGGAAACUGGCCGACAGCAAUUUCAGAGACCUGAGGACUCUCCAGAAUGUGACUGUACCGCAAGUGACCUAUGUGCUGGACCAGUUCACUGCCACAAAGGAAAGAGCCGUCUCCGAUCUGGACAAUAUUAAGACCUUGCUAGGAGGCAACAUUCAGGAACACGUAAAACUUAAAACGAUCCCCGUUCUUGAUGACGUCGAGGCCAUGGCUAAAGAGAUCAGAGAGACCAAAGUACUUCUGGUGUCUGUGAACAAAAACUUAUGGGAGUUAAAGAGAUCACCCGAAGAGAUCUACAGAGGCCUGCAGGAGGUGAAAAGAGACCUGGAGCAGUCCCUCAAGGACCCCGUGUGCUCCAUACCUGCCCAGCGUGCCAGGUGCAACUCCAUCAAAAUGUCUCUGGACCAGCUGGACAACAACACCUACCUGGGCCAGCUCAGAUUGUUGGAUAAUGAAAUUAAUCACGUCAAUGGCGUUCUUCAGACAAAUCUAUCCAGCCUGGUCCAAAUGAGCUAUCAAUCCAUUAAUAAUAUACCCGAGAGAGUGGAAAAACAAACCACGGAUAUAAUACCAGCUUCCCCUGAAUGCAUGACUGAGAUGUUUUUGUUUCCAGCUGUCAAAAGGAUCUUGAAUUACAUUGGUUUAAAUAUCAAAAUGAUAGCACAAGAGGUUCCCAUUAGGGAAAAGCUGUCCGUUUUCUUGGAUUCCAUCGAUGACUUUGAAAGUAACAUCUACCGGGAAUUGCCCAGGGUGGAAAAAUACGAGUCAUACAGGUGGCUGAGUUGCUUGAUUAUCUGCUGUUUUCUGACUCUCAUCAUGAUUUUUUAUUACCUGGGCUUGUUGUGUGGCGUGUUUGGCUAUAAACGGAAUGCCACCCCAACCACACGAGGCUGCGUCUCAAACACCGGAGGCACCUUCCUCAUGGUUGGGGUUGGAAUUAGUUUCUUCAUUUGUUGGAUAUCGAUGCUCUCUGUGGUUCUUGCUUUUGUCAUUGGUGUAAAUAUGGAAAAAUUGGUCUGUGAACCUUACCAAAACAGGAAAUUAUUCCAGAUUAUGGACACACCAUAUUUACUAAAUGAGAAUUGGAAAUACUAUCUCUCUGGCAAGAUACUUAACAAUAUGAAUAUUAAUCUCACUAUUGAACAAGUUUACAGAGACUGCAAAGACAACAAAGGCAUUUACACUGCCCUGCAGCUGGAGAAUGUCUACAAUGUCAGUAAGCAUCUCACCAUUAAGGAGCACAUUAGACACAUGAACAAUGAAUUUAAAAAGAUGAGCGUGAACCUUGAUGACAUUAUCCUCAAAGAAGAAGGAAAAAGAAACCUUCUGGAUUUCAGUGACUCGGGAGUGGAGCAAAUCGAUUAUGACACUUACUUGGCUGAGACAGGUAAAUCGUUAACCAAAGUGAAUCUCUUAACAUAUGCAAGUGGUUUAAAAGAACAAGCCAACAAGUUGCCCCCUGGAGUCUUAAAAGAGUCCCUGACAAGGAACGUAAUCAAGAUCGAAGACAUUCACAAUAUCAAGUUCCUGCCUUUGGACCUGCAACUGAAAGAACUACACCAUCAAAUGCAGGAGCUUCAACAAAGAGGCAGUGGAUUGAAGGUGAAAGUGACCAAUAUUCUUGAUGCUUUGGAUUCUUCUCAGAAAUUCAUCACAAACGAUCUUCCAUCUAUUAUUAUUGAAGAAAGUAAGAAGUAUGCAGAUAUAAUCGUUUCAUAUUUUGAAUAUUAUCUGAACUGGGCCAACGUCGCUGUCAUGGAGGAAAUCGCAGCCUGCAAACCUGUGGCCACUGCUUUCGAUUCUGCUUUUGACGUCUUUCUAUGCAACUACAUUACCAAACCCAUGAAUUUGUUUUGGUUUGGCAUAGGAAAAGCUACCAUACUGCUACUUCCGGCUAUAAUUAUUGCUGUGAAGCUAGCCAAGUACUAUCGGAGGAUGGACUCGGAGGAUGUCUACGAAGAUUCUGUCUCGGGGACUUGGCACUUGACUCUGUAGCUGUUUUCACUAGUUUGCAUUUCGACCCUGUGGUCUGCCCUUCACUCUGAGUUCUGCGACCUUGUACACUUCAUUUUCACAUCACUCAUCUCCUUCUCAACCUGUAUUUCUCCUGAACUGGUUCUGUCAACAUCAAAUUAGACUAAAAACGUGGGGCGGGGGGUACAGCUGUUGAGCUAUGAUAGUAAUUUAAAAGAAAUAAUUGUAUUUUUUGUGUGUUUUAUAGUGAUGAAAAUAUAGCCAUGAAAAAGUAAGCCUUUUCUUUUUUUAACCAUGUUCUUAGGAUGGGACUGGGGGGGGGGGGUCUUUAUUAUUAUGCAAUGGACUUUUUAAGCUAAAUUAAUAAUGUCUUAAAAUUACAUAACAACAAUAGAUAUGUCCAGAUAAAAAUAAAUGCUGAUGGCUCUUAAAAAUGAGGACUGGCAUAUGGAUGCUGAAGAAAUACUUGCUGAAUUAAUGAAAAUUGUAUGUUAAAUGCAAAUAUAUAAAACGGUUGCUUUAAUAUUUGGUUCUUAAAGGGAGCACAUUUGCCUUUGUAGAGUUAACAAGUGGUCACAUGACUGUUUAUAUGUUGUCUCUGUAAUCCAUGAUGUCACUACUUCGUCUUAGAGAUAAUGCGGUGUUUGGGGGAUGUUUGUUUGUGUUGCAGAAUGUACAGUACAGCCUCUAACCCUCUAUGAGCAAAGCUGGUGAACAGAUCCAACUGCACGGUUCUUGGUCUGCAGCGUCUCCAAGUAUUGGAAGAGAAACUGCCCUUUAAGAGUUUACAGAUUUGGUGGUAGCAUCCAAAACAUGCCCUCAUGGGCCCAGGGCGCAAAGUCUGCCCCUGCUUUCCACCUUUCGAAGUGGGGCUUUCGCCAUCUGAGUCUUCCCUAAGAGUUUAAAUGUGUAACACAUUCAUUCAUUUUCAGUUUAGCCUUUGGAACCAGACAUGAAUUUUGUCACAUUUCAUUGCACAGAAAGUUAGACUUGUAGUUGGAAGAAGUUCAGAUAUGAGUGUGAACAAUAAAAGAAUGGUUUCCAAAAUAUGACUCCAAUCUUCUUAUUGAAAAAAAAAAAACCUUCUUAUUUCAAUAUCUUCUUCUUGAAAAAAAUAGUUACCAUUUAAGGCACUGUAUUAUUUUUUUAGGGUGGCUCUAACAAAGUGUAUAAACUGAGUGGCUUAAAGCAACAGGAAUGCAUUCUCUCUUGGUUAUGGAGAUCUGAAGUCUGAAAUCAACAUGUGAUCAGAGUUGGUUUCCCCUAGAGGGCCCGAGGGAAUCCAUGCCAGUCUCUGAGAGUCUGAUGAUUGCAGGCAGUCCAUGGCAUUCCUUGGCUUGUGGACUUAGCACUCUGAUUUCUGCCUCUCCCUUCACAUUUGUUUCUUAUGAAGGCCCUUUGCCUUUCACCUGCGCCCUCAUAUAAUCCUCACCACAUCUCUAUGAGGUCAGCAGUUGUAUUCCUAUUGAUAAACUAAGUGCCUGAAGCUGACAGAGGCGAGUGAUCCAACAUCACACAGCCCUUAAGUGUUCGG